AUGGCUAGUCGUAUUGCCAUAGGACAGCUGUGCUCAACAGCAAAUUUAACCAAGAACCUUGGUGUAGUUACUAGUUUAAUUUCAAGAGCUCUAGAUAACGAUGUUAGUCUCAUCUUCUUCCCAGAGGCAACCGAUUAUCUAUCUCAAAAUGCAGCACAUUCGAGAAAACUAGCUCAAGAGACUCCUCAAUUCAUUUCCAGUCUUCAACUGGAAAUAAGGUCGCUGGUCAAGAAAUCAUCUAAAAAGAUUGACGUCUCGAUUGGUGUUCAUCUACCUUCCACUGGUCUGGAGCUACAGAAAGGUGAUGAUAGGGUCAAAAAUGUAUUGCUCUACAUAGACCAUCGAGGUGAAAUCUUACACAGUUAUCAAAAGAUGCAUCUUUUCGAUGUUGAUGUACCCAAUGGUCCAAUACUCAAGGAAUCCAAAUCAGUGCAACCAGGAAAAACUAUCCCAGAUAUACUUGAUACCCCAGCUGGUAAAUUGGGGACAGAGAUUUGUUACGAUGUCAGAUUUCCUGAACUUUCAUUAAAGCUAAGAGAAAAAGGUGCACAAAUCCUUUGUUUCCCUAGCGCAUUCACUAUGAAGACUGGCGAAGCUCACUGGGAAUUGUUGGCUAGGGCAAGAGCUAUUGAUACUCAAUGCUUCGUUGUAAUGCCAGCCCAAAAAGGUGAACACGAUGUAUCUGAUCCAAACUGGACUACUGGUGAGUCGAAAAAAAAUGUACAACGUAUCUCAUGGGGUCAUUCUAUGGUAGUUGACCCCUGGGGGACGGUCAUUGCACAUUCAGAUCCUAAUAACAAAACAGAUGAGCCUGAAUUAAUCAUUGCCGAUUUAGAUUACAAUUUACUUGAGAAUGUGAGGAAAAACAUGCCUCUGUGGGAUCAGCGUGCACUUAAACUAUAUACAUCAGUCAACGAUUAA